AUGGUUCGUGAAACUAAAGCGCAAGCAGAUAAAAAGGCGGCAGAUGUCGAACGGAAACGUGCAAAUCGAAAACAGGAACAUUUGAAUAGUGGCGGAGACAGUCAGGAAACUCGGAAAAAACGGUCGGAAAUGAGUCAAGAAGAGCUUCGAGAGUACAAGGCACAAAAGCGCAGCAAUCGGGAGAAGCAGAAGAGUUUGCAAAGUUCUCAGCUCACUGCGUGUUCACAAGAAACUCAAUUAUCAGGAAGAACCUAUUUUCAGUUCUCUCAAACUCAUAAGAUAGCGAAAAACCAAAACGAAGGAAGGAAGAAAAUUAAAGAUAUGAAUCCUGAAGAGCUUAGUAAUUACCGGCGUCAAAAUCGUGAAGCUUGUCGGAAGAAGGGAAGAACAUCAACAACCUCUGAUAUGGAACUCAGCCAACGCACUUCGACAUCCGAUUUCAAUUUUCAGCACAACAGCCAAUUCGACAUGGAAUCACUUCAUUCAGAAAUGUCGGACGUGUUCGAUCAACCAACGAGCAGCAAUGCUGCAGCUCGAAUUGGAAGAAAACGGAUGAUGAGUCCACAAGAGGAGGAGGAGGAGGACGAUGACGAUGAGAUGCCUUCGUCACAAAUGUCCACUUAUAUGCCGAAUUGGAGUGCAAAGGAAAAGGAAGAGUUCAAACGAGUGAAGGUCCGAUACAACACUCGAUCGAAGAAGGCUUUGAUGUCGCAAUCGUCAUACGGUUCUCCCGAUGAUCACCAAUCUUCCGUAGCGACAUGCGAUGUAGCGGAGCCUCAAGAACUCCCAGAGCAGCAAUUCAACUGCAAAAUUCGUUUUGCACUUGUGGAUCUACUUCAAGUAGAAACGGAUUGCAUUGUUUUCCCCUUUUGCGGUGAUCUGGAUUUGACAAAACGCACAAAGAUUUACAGUCAAUUCUGGAGAAAGAUGUGCAGGGAAGUCGAUGAUCAGGAAGAAUAUAAAGAGUUCUUAGAGGAUCAGUGUCAGGAGGAAGAAGAAGGAGACAUUGCGGGCUUUAUAUGGCAAAGAUUGGGAAGAUCUAAAACGUGCUUCCACAUUCGAGAGCCGGUCAGCGAGAAGAACAAGUACACAACUGUGUAUGAAGCCCAACUUCGAGCCGCCAUUUUCAAGUGUCUCUACCAAGCCGAUCGAAAUGGUCACAGCAGCAUUGCGUUUCCAAUUUUUGGUCAAGUCGAAAAUCGUCUCAAGGCAACUGCAAUCACAUUGCAAACAAUUUGGUCAUAUUUCAAGUUGUAA